AUGGCGGGCGACGGGCGGCGGGCGGAGUCGGUGGUUGAAGGAUGGGGGCUGCACGUGACACCCAGGGCCCCCCUGCGGGAGGGGAGGCGCCGGCUCGCCCCGGAACUCGGCGGCCGCAGUGACGCACCGGCGCACGCAACGCCGUCGCCGUCGCCGACGCGCCACGCCCGGCGGGAAGUGAGGUUUUCGGAAGAGCCGCCGGAAGUGUACGGCGACUCGGAGCCCCCGGUGGCCAACGAUAGGUCUCCGAUGGGAAAGCGAGUCCAGCUGAGAGAGUUCCGGCCCCACUCUACCAAAGAGGAAGUGAGGGAGAGCGCCUACAACCUACGGUCCCAGCGGCGGAGGCAGCCGCGGCUCCCGGACGCCGGCGAGAUGAAUACGCGAAGCGCUGCGCGCCUCCAGCCGGACAGCUCCCCGCAGCCUCCCCUGCGGCGGGCUAUGGCCCCGAGACGGUUUCGGGACUCUCACUCCUCGGAAGAGGAAGAGCUAUCUCCGCAAACUGAUGUAAGCCAAACAGUCUCAAAGAAAACUGUCAGGAGAACACAAGAGAUUUCAGUGAUGAGUGAAAAUUCUCUACUUGGCCUGAGUGAAAAUUCUCUACUUAGACCCCCUCUAAGAAGUUCACACUCUGAAGCCACCAGUGUCCCACAGAAGGUCAAUUUCUCCGAAGAAGGUGACACUGAAGAAGAUGAUCAGGACAGCUCUGACAGUGUUGUUAAUUCUUACAAGGACAGAUCCAAGAAGUCUCUUGACUCUGGAGAUCAAACCAGCAGACCAAGUCAACAUCUAGAAUCAUUUUGGCAAUCAUCACAAAGUCAAGACUUCACAGCUUUUGAUAAGCAACAUUCAGUGCCAAGCCCGGGAUAUCAAAGAAACCUUCUGCAACGUGUUGACCAAACCACAAGAAUAAGGAAGACGAUGCCAAAUAACAGCUUCCAGAAAUCAGAGUUUGGAAACCAGUCUUCAUCAACCUUCAGGCAAUACAUGACUGGACAACCCAAAAAUGCAUCUUUUGUCAAGUGGGACUGGUGGUGGAUACUUCCUGUGCUCUUUAUUUUUGUCCUUGGGAGUUGGUGGUACACUCGUCGUGUUCCUGAGGUAGAAAACACUGCUGUGCAAGAGUUCCAGAACCAGAUGAAACAACUUAUGACGAAGUACCAAGGUCAGGAUGAGAAGCUGUGGAAAAGGAGCCUAACAUUCCUGGAAAAACAUCUCAACAGCUCCGAGCCUCGUCCUCAGCCUGCUAUCCUGCUGCUGACCGCUGCCCGUGACGCCGAAGAAGCUCUCAAGUGCCUGAGUGAACGAAUCGCCGACGCCUAUUCGUCCUCCCGCAGCGCCCGUGCCAUCCGGAUUGACGGGACGGGCAGGGCUACUGAGGACAGCGAUGCUGUGAAGCUAGAGGUGGACCAAGAACUGAGCAAUGGAUUCCAAAAUGGCCAGACGGCAGCCGUGGUGCACCGCUUCGAGUCCCUGCCCGCAGGCUCCACUUUGAUCUUCUAUAAGUAUUGUGACCAUGAAAACGCGGCCUUCAAAGAUGUAGCCUUGGUCCUGACCGUCUUGUUGGAGGAGGAGACCCUUGGAACCAGUCUAGGCCUAAAGGAAAUUGAAGAAAAAGUGAGGGAUUUCCUCAAAGUCAAGUUCACCAACUCUAACACACCCACCUCCUACAAACAUAUGGACCCAGACAAAUUGAGUGGGCUCUGGAGCCGCAUUUCCCACUUGGUCCUGCCUGUCCAACCUGAAAAUGCCCUGAAAAGGGGAAUCUGCUUAUAA